AGCACUUCUGAACAGGAAUGCUCGUUGAACUGAUCAGAAACAGGGGUUUGGCUUCAAGUGAUCUUGUCAUGUCCCAGAGAUUACCGCUACUGUGAUUCAGAAGACCGACAAUUUUAUAGGAUUUUCCUUCUGAAGCUUUCACCGGAGAAUCUUGCGCCAUGGAAGAAUUUCUUGAGGAAUUCGGAGAUUAUUAUGGUUACCCAGAUGGUCCGAAGAACAUCGACGAAAUCCGCAAGACCGAAUUCAAGAGAUUAAAUGAAGGUGUUGUGUAUUUGGAUCAUGCAGGUGCUACUUUGUAUUCUGAAUUGCAGAUGGAAAAGAUAUUCAAAGACUUCACUGGCAAUGUUUACGGAAAUCCACAUAGUCAAAGUGAUAUCAGUUCAGCGACCAGUGACAUCAUAGCAGAUGCUCGCCAAAAGGUACUUGAAUAUUUCAAUGCAUCUCCAAAGGACUAUAGUUGCAUAUUUACUUCUGGUGCAACGGCAGCGCUGAAGCUUGUUGGAGAGACAUUUCCAUGGAGCAACCAUAGUAGUUUUUUGUAUACAAAGGAGAAUCACAACAGUGUACUUGGAAUCCGGGAGUAUGCCCUAAGCCGAGGGGCUUCAGCAUGUGCAGUAGAUAUCGAAACCACAUGUUCAGGAACCUCUAUCAAUGCCAAGCAUCAUGCUCUGCUGAGGAGAAACACUUCUGGAAUCCACGAGAACGAGUCUACAGGUGAUGCGUAUAAUCUGUUUGCUUUUCCCUCGGAGUGCAAUUUCACGGGUUUGAGGUUCAACCUAGAUUUGGUGAAGUUAAUUAAGGAAAAUCCGCAAAGUGCUCUACAAGGCUCUCCCUUUUGCAAGAGCCAAAGAUGGAUGGUCUUGAUAGAUGCUGCAAAAGGGUCUGCUACACAGCCACCAGAUUUAUCGCAGUAUCCUGCAGAUUUUGUUGUCAUGUCAUUUUACAAGUUAUUUGGUUACCCUACUGGGCUUGGUGCUCUCAUAGUGCGAAAUGAUGCUGCCAAAUUGCUCAAGAAGAUAUACUUUAGCGGAGGCACUGUUGCUGCCUCAAUUGCUGAUAUUGACUUCGUUAAAAGAAGGGAAAGGGUGGAGGAAUUUUUUGAGGAUGGUUCUGCUUCAUUCUUGAGCAUAGCUGCUGUGCGAUAUGGUUUUAAAUUACUCAAGUCCCUUACCACAACUGCUAUUUGGCUACACACAAGUUCACUUGCCAUAUAUGUGAAGAAGAAACUUCAAGCUUUACGACAUGGAAAUGGUACCGGUGUCUGUGUGCUGUAUGGAAGUAAAAACUUGGAGUCAUCGUCGCAUGAAUCUGGUCCUACUGUUACAUUCAACUUAAAGAGGCCCGACGACACUUGGGUUGGUUGCCGGGAGGUGGAAAAACUGGCUUCUUUAUCCGGAAUUCAGUUGCGGACAGGAUGCUUUUGCAAUCCCGGUGCAUGUGCAAAGUAUCUUGGAUUGUCUCAUACUGAUCUUCUAUCUAACUUAGAGGCUGGACAUAUUUGCUGGGAUGACAAUGAUGUAAUAAACGGGAAGCCAACUGGAGCUGUCAGGGUGUCGUUUGGUUACAUGUCUACAUUUGAAGAGGCCAAGAAACUUAUUGAUUUCAUUAUUGGUUCAUUCGUUUCAUCUUCGAGGAAAUGUGAAAAUGGAUGUGCUGUUAGAGGCAGGUCUGCUCAAAUUUCUGGUGAAGACCUUAGAAGAGAAGAAUCUUUUCGUGCUUACUACCUGAAAUCAAUCACUAUAUACCCGAUAAAGUCGUGUGCUGGAUUCUCAGUUGAUAGUUGGCCACUUUGCAGAACAGGCUUGCUGCACGAUCGAGAAUGGAUGCUUCAGGGGCUCUCGGGUGAUAUUCUUACCCAGAAGAAGGUUCCCGAGAUGUCUCUUAUAGGCACGUUCAUCGACCUCGACAAAGGAAUACUAUUUGUAGAGUCUUCUUGUUUCAAAGACAAGUUGCAGAUCAGAGUUAAGCCAGAUUCGUAUUAUUUGGGCAAAGACGAGAUUGAUUCGCAUACCUACAGGCUUGAAGAUCACGAAGAUGAAACUGAAAUCAAUAACUGGUUCACCAAAGCUCUUGGCCGACCGUGCUCAUUGUUACGGUGUUCUACCUCUACCUCCAAGUACUGCAGGACCCGGAAUAGAACUCCCGGGUUUUGCAGAGCUUUGCAGAGUAAUUUGAACUUUGCGAAUGAAGCUCAGUUCUUGUUAAUCUCCGAGGAAAGUGUUGCUGAUCUCAACAGAAGACUAAAUGCAAAAGAUGAGAAACACCAUGGAACUCAUGGGAAAGUGGAUCCAUCUAGAUUCAGACCUAAUCUCAUCGUAUCCGGAGGCGAACCAUACGCUGAAGAUGGGUGGAGAACUCUUAGGAUCGGAGACAAUCAUUUCUCGUCGUUAGGUGGUUGCAACCGAUGCCAGAUGAUAAACCUAUAUCUUCAGGCCGGGCAAGUGAGGAGAUCCAACGAGCCUUUGGCUACUCUGGCUUCAUACAGGAGAGAAAAGGGCAAGAUCUUGUUUGGAACACUUCUGCAAUGUGAGAUUGAUGAUAAAGCAAGUCCAAGCUCACAGCCUUGGAUCCGAGUCGGGCAAGAAGUUAGUCCAGAUUCCGACUCGAGCCCUGUUUAUACCGACGAUCAGAACGAGAAACCCUGAGAGUAAGAAUCCGACAGUGACGUUUUCUUACAGCAAAGUUUGAAGCUUUUUUUAACAGCUUCAUAUAGAAAUGAAGAAAUAAAUGUAAUGCUGAAUGUAACUUCUCGGACUGGUUACAGCAGUGUUGUCGUUGUCGUUGUCGUUGUUUUCGUCACAUGAUGAUCUGUUGCUCCCUUUGGUGAAUAAAAGGAAGCUGGACUCAGAUCAUAACCGAGCUGGUAUACUAUUAACCGGAAAUCGGUUCGGUUUGGUUAAGUUUUAUGUAAAGGGAGUCGAACUGUGUUCUUUUUUA